UGAUGUGGAUGAAGAAGAGCAGCUGUCCUGCCUGGACGUUUCUACCAGCUGUGGAUUUAGACCAUGCAUCAAGUCAGACUGGAAAAUAAAUGAGUCUUUAGAUGAACAUCAAAAUAACAUGAGGAUGAGACAUGAACAUGUGACGGAAGGAACUGAUGAAAAACAGAGAGGACCUCUCCUCAAAAAGAUCUACACUGAGCUCUACAUCACAGAGGGACUGAGAGAAGAAGUUCAUACCCAACAUGAGGUCUGGCAACUGGAGACAAUCUCCUGGAACAACUUGCUCCACAAUGCUCCAAUCAGGUGCCAAGAUAUCUUCAAAGUUUUAACUGACCAACAUGGAUCCAUCAGAGUGGUUCUGACCAUUGGUGUCGCUGGAAUUGGAAAAACCUUCUCAGUGCAGAAGUUCACUCUGGACUGGGCCGAGGGCUUCAAGAACCAAGACAUCAGUGCAGUGGUUCCUCUGUCAUUCAGGGAGAUGAACUUGAUCAGAGAUGAGCAGCACAGUCUUCUCACUCUCAUCCAACUUUUCCAUCCAACCUUCCAGAAGAUCCCAGCAGAGCAGCUGUCUGUCUGUAAACUUCUCUUCAUCUUUGAUGGUCUGGAUGAAAGCAGACUUUCUCUGGACUUCAACAACAGUCAGGUGGUGUCUGAUGUCACUCAGAAGUCAUCAAUCAAUGUUCUUCUGACAAACCUCAUCCAGGGACGUCUGCUUCCCUCAGCUCUGGUCUGGAUCACUUCCAGACCUGCAGCAGCCAAUCAGAUCCCUCCUUCGUGUGUCUCCAGGGUAACAGAAGUACGAGGCUUCACCGACUCCCAGAAGGAGGAGUACUUCAGGAGGAGAUUCAGUGACGAAGAUCUGUCCAGCAGAAUCAUCUCCCACAUCAAGGCCUCCAAGAGUCUCUUCAUUAUGUGUGGAGUUCCAGUUUUCUGCUGGAUCACUGCUGUGGUUCUGGAGAACAUGUUGACCACAGAGAAAAGAAAAGAGCUUCCCACCACCAUGACUGACAUGUACUCCCACUUCCUGAUGGUCCAGACAAAGAGGAAGAAGAUCAAAUACCAGCAGGAACAUGAAGAGAAUCCACAGGAGCUGACAGAGGCUGACAUGGAAGUUCUUCUGAAGCUGGGGAGGCUGGCAUUUGAACAUCUGGAGAAAGGAAACAUCAUGUUCUACCAAGAAGACCUGGAGCAGUGUGGUCUGGAUGUCACAGAGGCUUCUUUGUACUCAGGAGUUUGUACUGAGAUCUUCAGAAGAGAGUGUGGGAUCUUCCAGAAACCAGUCUACUGCUUUGUUCAUCUGAGUGUUCAGGAGUUUCUGGCUGCAGUUUACAUGAUCCACUGUUACAACAACAAGAAGACAGAGGUGGUGGAGAAUCUCCUGAAGAAUCAAACAAACAUCUCUACUCUAGAUAAGUUUCUUAGCAGGAUCAUGAAGAAAUCCCUGCAGAGUCAAACUGGUCACCUGGAUCUGUUUGUUCGUUUUCUUCAUGGUCUCUCUGUGGAGUCCAACCAGAGACUCUUGGGAAGUCUGCUGGGUCAGACAGAGAACAGUCCAGAAAUUAUCCAGAGAAUCAUCAACAACCUGAAGGAAAUGAAGACCAAUGACAUGUCUCCUGACAGAAGCAUCAACAUCUUCCACUGUCUGAUGGAGAUGAAGGACCCCUCAGUUCAUCAGGAGAUCCAAGAGUUCCUGAAGUCAGAGAACAGAUCAGAGAAGGAACUUUCAGAGAUCCAUUGCUCAGCUUUGGCCUACAUGCUGCAGAUGUCAGAGGAGGUUCUGGAUGAGUUAAACCUUAACAGUUACAAAACCACCGGGGAAGGUCGAUGGAGACUGAUUCCAGCUGUAAGAAACUGCAGGAAAUUUAUGAUAGGGGUUGUGUUAAAGCCUUCUGAAACUGGUACCUACAGAUACGAACUCUCAGAGAAUGACUGUGAAGCUGUGGCUUCAGCCCUGAAGUCCAACCCAUCUCAUUUGAUAGAACUGGACCUGAGCAAGGCCAAGCUAAAGGAUUCAGCUCUGGAGGUUUUGUCUGGUGGUCUGAAGAGUCCAAAUUGCAAACUAGAGACUCUGAGGUUGGAAAACUGCAACAUGUCAGAGAUCAGCUGUGCUGCUCUGGGUUCAGCACUGCAGUCAAAUCCAUUCCAUCUGAAGCAUUUAUAUCUGAGCUUCAACAACCUGCAGCACUGUGGAUUUGAUAGCCUGUGUGCUGUUCUGGAGAGUCCAAACUGCAAACUGCAGACUCUGAGGUUAAUUGGCUGCCGAUUGUCAGAACCCAACUGUGCUGCUCUGGGAUCAGCUUUGAAAUCCAACCCGUUCCAUCUGAUAGAACUGGAUCUGAACAGGAAUAAGAUGGUAAAAGAUUCAGGACUAAAGCUUCUGUGCGGUUUUCUGGGGAGACCAGACUGCAGACUCAAGACUCUGAGGUUAAAGGAAUGCACUUUAUCAGAAGACAGCUGUGCAGAGAUAGUCUCAGCUCUGAGGUUCAACCCGUCCCACCUGACAGAACUAGACAUGAGUGAAAACCAGCUGGAGGAUUCAGGAGUGAAGCAUCUCAUAGGUUUUCUGAAGAGUCCAGCUUGCAGACUGAAGACUCUAAGGCUGGCUGGCUGCAGUUUGUCAAAGCCCAGCUGUGACAAUCUGGUCUCAGCUCUUAAGUCCAACCCAUCCUAUCUGACUGAACUGGACUUGAGCUGGAACUGCCUGGAGGAAUCAGAUGUUCUGGAGCUCUCUGACAUGGCGAAGAGUCCAGAUGUCAAACUGGAGACUUUAAAAUGGGAUUGAUGAAGACGACCUUGCUGUGAUCCGCUCAUGAUAGUCCAGCGGAGAAGCAGCAGCAUUUGAGCUGGUUUGGUUUUCCCAAGAUUCUGUUUCAACUCAGUUUGGUGGUGAAGGAUUGAAAAUUUUACUCUUGUCAAGAAGUUCUUUGUACAUUUCACAGCUAAGUCUAAUUUGUCUGUGAGUAUUGUUUUUCCUCAUAGGUUAGAUGCCUGCAUCCUGUUUUAUUAUCUGGAUCUUUCUGAUCUGUCUGAGGGUUAUGAUGAAAAACACAUUCUGAAUAAAACACCUAAUCUGCCUCUUAGUUGAUUUUAGUUUAGUUACAAACCUGGAAAAAAACAUUUUUUAAUCAUUUCGUUUGGUAGUGGCAGGACAAAAUUCAUUGGCACUUUUGUUUCAUAAACUGAAAAGUAUAUAAGUAUAUUUUACCAUGGUAGCAUUGCUGGCAUGGACACAGAUACCCAAAAUAUUGUUUCCCCACCUCAGUAUCAAACCGGAUUUGUACUUUGAAUCUUAUGUCAUUGUGUCUUACAUUAUUUGUAUACUUGGGGCCAGGGGAUUUGGACAGUGUCUUCUGUGUGUAAAGUUCAUUUAUUUUUGCUUUAAAAAUUGAAGUUGAAAAUG